UUGUGUUGGUGACCUUGGACUGAUAGCUGAAAUUGUAAUCGGCUUUUGGUUUACUCUGUGAAACUGUUUCGAUGAGUUAAAAAGAAAAUCUUUAUUAACAAUUUGGUGUUUGGAAGUACAGGAUGAGGAAGCUGUUAGCUGUGCUUCUGUUCCUCCUUUAUGCCUGUCGAGAUUCUUUGACUGUAAAAGUGGAAGUCUGUAAAGGGGAACCAUCAGUUGUUCUGCCCUGCCAGUACAGCCAGAAAUUGGAAGAGAUUGUUACGGUGAAAUGGAGCAGCUUCGAUCUCGAUCCCAAUACUGUCCAUCAACGUCAAGAAGCCGACGACCUGCGAGGACAAAAUGAGAUUUUCAAAGGACGAACAUCAAUGGCGCCUCUUGCUCUGGACUCUGGUGAUUUCAGCCUCACUCUGAGUGAACCUCAAGUUUCUGAUAGCGGGGUCUACAUCUGCUACAUCAUGAAACAGAAGAAAUAAUGGUGUCAGACGUUCAGCUGAUUGUCACAGUAAUAUUUCCACUUUGGGCCAUAGUUCUCCUGGCUCUGCUGGCUGUGCUAGUUCUUCUUGCUGGAGGUGUUUUAUUUAAUUUCCGACAAUAUUUUAUGUCAGUCUACAGGGUGGAGGUGGAUUCAGGAGAGGAGUCUGUUCUGCUGCCAUUUAAAACUGCAGUCUGUCUGCCUGGAAAAUCCAAAGUAACAUGGAGAACACAUGAUAGUAAAGUGGUACACAUUAAUUCUUUGAACUUCCAGCAUCAACAACACAGACAGUUUAAAGACAGAACAGAGAUGAAGAAGCCAGGCAAAUCUAGAGAUUUCAGUUUGAUCCUGAAGAAACCAACAGACAAAGACACAGGAACCUACAUCUGCACCGUCUGUGAUUAUUGGUCAGAAAACAUCUCGACAAAGAAACAAGUUCUGCUCAAUGUCAAAGCUGGUCCUGACUCUCUCAUCAUAUCCAUAGACUUUGGUUCAGGAUUCAGUGGCUACGCCUUCAAUGUUAAACCCAGACAGGAAGGAGGAGAGACCCAGAUAAAGAGAUGGAGGAAUGGACUUGGACUAGACACCCCAAAGACUCCAACCUGCAUCCUGUUUGAUGAACAUGCAGAAUUUAUGAAGUUUGGUUAUGAAGCUAAAACAGCAUUUAAUAAUAUGAGAGGAGAAGAAGCUGAGAAACAUUAUUUCUUUGAAAAUGUCAACAUGGCUGUCCAUGGCAGGGUAAGUAAAAGUAAAGAUUUGCAGAUAAAUCUUCUUUUUUGGAUCCUAUCAUGUCCUCUGUUAACAUGCCUGUCUAUGAUUUGAAACUGUGUCACUAUUGGAAAUAUCUCAUAAUGUUUAAAUCUGCAUUCCACCUCAAGGCCAGACUGGGACACAGAGCUAAUGGGGAAUUUCCUGGUGGGCUGCUCCAUUAGUGGGCUGGUGGUUUAGGCUAUGAAUGGGCUGUCGCAGUUGCCUCGUAGUCACACAGCACGCUGUUGUUUUGCAAUGCCACAAUGCCAAAACUGCCGUAUUAAAUCCCUUCUGUUCCUCUGCUCUGCUCUAGUCAGGCAAAUUUUGUCAUGUGGCCACGGAGUGGACCUAUAUCACAGGAACAAGUGCUGCAGAAAUGGCUUGUUUCCAACAAAACAUUUAAAAAACUGCUGGAUUUUUUGUGCUUGGACUGUUUCUAAAAGUAGAGGUCUAAGUGAAAGUACAAUAAUGUGCAAAAAGAACAUUUUCUAUAAUAGGUGCCUUUAAUCCCUACUGUAUUUGUGUCUGUGUUUUCUGUUCACUUGACUGGUUGUUUCUCUCUGUGUGUCAUCAUCUCUGAUUCCGGUAUUUCCUUGAAGAUGGCUCUUAUUUCUUCAGUUAUUAAAUAUGAUCUCUUCUUAGAUGUUUCUGCCAAUAUCCUGUUACCACUUAAGUCAUUCACCACCACAAAUCUUGUCAGUACACCAGACUACCAUAAGGAUAAGUAACCAGAGUGGUUUGAAUACUGCCAUUGGGGGAUCUCUCUCUCUCUUUCUCUCUCUCUCUCUUUCCUUUCUCUCUCUCAGUGUGGUGAUGUUCAUCCAGCCUGGGUUAAGGUAGAUACUGUACAGUCAUGGCCAAAAGUUUUGAGAAUGAUUCAAAUGUUAAUUUUUACAAAGUCUACUGCUUCAGUUUUUAUAAUGGCAAUUUGCAUAAACUCCAGAAUGUUAUAAAGAGUGAUCAGCUUAACAGCAAUUAAUUGCAAAGUCAAUAUUUGCCUAGAAAAUGAACUUUGUCCCCCAAAACACAUUUCAACUUAAUUGCAGCCCUGCCUUAAAAGGACUAGCUAACAUCUUUCAGUGAUUGCUCCAUUAACACAGGUGUGGGUGUUGAUGAGGACAGGGCUGGAGAUCAAUCUGUCAUGAUUAAGUAAGAAUGACACCACUGGAUACUUUAAAGAGGCUGAUGCAUGGCAUCAUUGUUUCUCUUCUGUGAACCAUGGUUGUCUCUGAAGAAACACGUGCAGUCAUCAUUGUACUGCACAAAAAUGGCCUACCAGGGAAGAGCAGCUAGAAAGAUUGCACCUCAGUCAACAAUCUAUCGCAUCAACAAGAACUUCAA